AGGCGGAGGGAGCGGCCGCUGCAGGGAGGGAGCGGCCCUUGGCUCUGCCUGCGCUUCCUUCUUCUCUCAGAGGCCGCCAUUGCCGCCAUGGGGGGCUCCCGCGACGACGAGUACGACUAUCUCUUCAAAGUGGUUCUGAUUGGCGACUCCGGAGUUGGGAAGAGCAACCUCCUCUCUCGCUUCACGCGCAAUGAAUUCAACCUGGAGAGCAAAAGCACCAUCGGGGUAGAGUUUGCCACACGGAGCAUUCAAGUCGACGGCAAGACCAUCAAAGCUCAGAUCUGGGACACGGCUGGGCAGGAGCGAUAUCGGGCCAUCACCUCUGCCUAUUACCGUGGUGCUGUGGGGGCCCUACUGGUGUAUGACAUUGCCAAGCAUCUCACCUACGAAAACGUGGAACGGUGGCUGAAGGAGCUGAGGGACCAUGCGGACAGCAAUAUUGUUAUUAUGUUGGUGGGCAAUAAAAGUGACCUGCGCCAUCUGCGAGCGGUUCCAACAGACGAGGCCCGGGCCUUUGCAGAAAAGAACGGCCUGUCGUUUAUCGAGACCUCUGCUUUGGACUCGACCAACGUGGAAGCUGCUUUCCAGACCAUUCUGACUGAGAUUUAUCGCAUCGUGUCCCAGAAACAGAUGUCAGACAGACGCGAGAACGACAUGUCUCCAAGCAACAACGUGGUCCCGAUCCACGUUCCUCCCACCACGGAAAACAAACCAAAGAUGCAGUGCUGUCAAAAUAUAUAACAAAAGUUCAACUCCUGGAAAGCUGUGUAUAUUUCCCCAGAUCUGAAUGGAAGCGGAGCUCGAGCUGACAUUACUUUUCUCUC